AUGCCUUCCGAACCCACGAAAGCCUCCAACGCGGGCAUCAUCACGGAUGACGCGGGCGAGCGCCACAUCCCCGAGUCGAAGCGAGCGGACGGCAGCACCCGCAAAGCUAUCAAGAUCCGUCCCGGCUACCGCCCACCCGAAGAUGUCGAGGUUUACAAGAACCGCACUGCCGCGGCUUUUCGUGAUCGCACCACAAAGGGUGGCAUCCCUGGCGCGGCGGGUUUGAAGGAAGAGAAGCCUGAAGCUUCUCCCUCUGUUUCCAGCAACAAGAAUGCAAAGCGCCGGGAAGCCAGGAAGAAGGCCAAGGCCGCAGGAGAGGACGAGGUCGACGAUGCCAAGCAGCAGUCUAGUGCCGACCACCCCAAGGCCCAAGAGGCCGACCCCGAAGUGGAGAAGGAGAAGAAGGCCCGCAAUCUUAAGAAGAAGCUCAAGCAGGCCAAGGAUCUCAAGAACAAGAAGGAGGGCGGCGAGACGCUGUUGCCCGAGCAAAUUGCCAAGGUUAUCAAGAUCAACGAGCUCAUCCGUGAAUUGGACGCUUUGGGAUUUGAUGCCGAAGGAGAGCCCAAAGCCAAGGAUGGUGCCGAGGCCGAUGCCACACACAAGGAUGAAUCAAACGAAGCCUGA